ACAAGCGGGAGCAGAUACCAAGAUUUGGAGGAAGACAGUGAUGAAGAAGAAAAAGAAGCGGAGAAAGCGAGUGCACGACGGAGGAGAAAAAAGCAUAGGAGCAGUGCCGACACUCAUAAGAUGCUGGAGGAAGGGGAAGAUGCGGAAAACGAAGGGGGGGAACAGGAAAAACCGUUUUUGACACCGGAGCUUGCAUAUCAGGAGAUGAUGGACAAGACGCUACUAAGAAAUUGAUGAACACGUGCCUCAGAAAGGAUAAAGGGUUUAUCAUAUACGAAGCGAAGUUGCAUGUCGUAGUCUGAGGAGCAACCAGUUAUUUUUUCUCAUGCGCAAGCAGAAAGCAGAAGCCGUAUGCAUUUUUUAUAACUUCGCGCCACAUCAGCAUCGCAUUCGGAUCUGUGACAACAUACAUUUUUGCAUUUUUUCCCUGGGGAGCGUUUUCAAGGUUUUAAUAGCUCAUGCAGAAACCCGAGAAGCACGAGUACCUCCAGGGUGGAACAAAACACCAUAAAAAUUUCGACUACGUACUGAAGAUGCCUUCGAAGGCCGUGGCGGAAGAUUACAAGAAGAAGCAAAUCACGCUGGAAAAAGUGGCGAAAAAGGCGAAAAAGUACGCCGCGGCGGUGAGGGAAGAGGAGAAGGACGACGAAGUAGAAAAAGGGGAGAGAAGCCGCGCAUCAGAAAGAGAAAUAACUCCAACACCACUACAUAAUCAUCCCCACGACGAGCACUUGUCGCCCCUCCAACAUCUUUCCCCCGUGCAAGAAGCUGGCUUAGACGAAAUCCACAUGAGCAAAAUUGCAACCGGUAGAAUAAGCAGAUCUGGUGCGAGCUAUUUGGAUCAGAUGGCUGCGGCCAUGUCGGUGGCGAGGAAGGAGGCAAAAACUACUAAAACUUCUGCGGCGACGUUAAAUGAAAAUGUCAAAAGCUACACGCUGAGGAACGGCGGUGUGGAUAAAACUGAAGAAGAGCACUCUGGUGUUCCUGGAGGUACUGCUGCGGCGGGGGAAAACAACGAUGAAAAACCCAAAGAAGAGGAGGAUGUAAAGCCGCACGGCACGAAGGGAACUAAAACGACAAAACCUCCUGGCAGUAAAAAUAGCAAACAACCCCCGAUCGUUCUCCCGCCGCACCAGACUAUAGACUCGAACGACCAUGCGCAGAACCCACAACCGAAUCUGCACGAGAAGGGGAAGGAUAAAAAAGACAAAGAAAAAGAGGGAGAGAAGCCGCCAGCACCCCCACAAAAAGGGGAAAACCCGCCGCCCCCACAAGACGAACCACCGAAGUAUUUCAAGCCGAUACCGUUAGUCCCGGCACACAGUUUGGUGGCGAACAAGGAGACGUUGACCUCUUCUUCUUCGCUUCGGGAGAAAGUGAAGAGUUUAGACGUUGGGAGCACGACGACGGAUGAAUUGGUGAAGAUCAACAAUAGACUGGAUGCGGAGGAUAUCAAGGUAAUGUUGCUUUGAAUCUGUAUUUGUAAAGUUUGUCAUGCGUACUUUCGCAUGAGUGGAUCUCCUUGUCAUGUAAAAAUCUCCAAAUAAAACAGCUCAACGCCAUCACCACGGCGCAAUCCAGUCUCGCUUCGAAACUGGACACUUUGAUUCAGUCUGUUGGGACCUUAACGGAAGACCACCUCGACACCAUCAAAGCCGACGUGUCGGACUUGAGAACCGCGGUAGGCACUUUGGAUCAAAAAGUCGCGAAAGAAUCCACGGUCGGGACACUAGCAAAGGAAGUCACCGUGCAGAAUUUCAUGGACUCUUUAGAGGAUUCGGUGGCGCACGCGCUGGCGAACAAUGGUGGGGGAUCUAGUUCUGCUUCUUCUUCUAACAACAGCAGCGGCAGCAUUUUCGGUAGCAGUUCCAGUGGCAGUGGUUCUAUCGACACCGACGCAAUCGCCACUGCAGUGGAACAAAAAGUGAUUGAGCUCCUCUCCUCUUCCGGCCUAUGAAAUGCAAAUAUGUCUGGGUCUGGAUGAAUACAAGGCUUGUCAUGCAUAUUUUCCAUGAGUCAUGAUGUCUGUGAUCGUGAUGCAUGCCUAGCAUCACAGAUUCUGCGAGAGCUUUCUGAUGCUCCUACCGCAUGAGAAGUGCCGUCUUUGCGUAGCAACAACUGGACCUCUUUUCCUGUUUAUGCAAGACAGAUUUUAUGUAGAAUCCAAAGGCAGCAUCACAAGUUGCACCCUUCCAGACCAAGACAUUUUUACAUUUGAUACGGCCAGCUCCAAACCGAUUUGAAAACGGAAAUGGCGACGAACGCGGACAAAUUAAAAACGGAGAUCCGGUAUGUAUUGGAAAUAUGUCUGGGUCUGGAAAGUUGUGAUGCAUGUUUGCAGCUCACAAGCAUCCUCCAACAUGGGGAAACGCAUGACAAGUAUCUGAGCGACUUGUAGGUCUUGCGUAAACUGCAUGAGAAACUGCGUUUUUGCAUUUACAAAAAAGCAGCGCGGUAGCGCAACAUGCAUGACAGAUCUUUGUCUCCUGUUAGUGGAGCAUUACAAGUCUUGCACAAGCCCAGACCCGCCUGACAUAUUUGCAUUUGAUAUCCGGACGGAAGUGCAGCAGGAUUUUUCCACCGAAUUGGAGGAUAAAUUGUCGAAUCUGGAUUUAAGUGCAGCGAAACUGGAUUUGAGUUCGUUGAACACGACCAACACGGUGAACAACUACGCGCAUCACGACCACCACCACGUGACGAACAUCAUUCAGGACAGUACUGGGUUGAACACGACCGUUGUGAACACUUCGGAAAUCGUUUCCGCUGUGGAACAGAAAAUGUUAGAGAUGUUGUCGUCUAGUGGGCAGUUGCAACUGGAUUUAAAGCACGAGAUGGCACACAAUGCGGAAUUAUUGAAACACGAGAUUAACAACAUUGACGUGCAACCGGCGCCAGCGCCUAGUGUUACAACCGUGCCUUCUGGUAAAUCCGCUGCUUCACCUGCGCCAGCACCUGACGAUGGUUCGGGAGACGACUCGGGCGAGGAUAAUGAAGCCGGCGACGGGGCAUCAAGCGAGAGCGAUGACGGAGGAAAACCAUCAUCAUCAAAUCUAGACGCGACCGCGGUGGCGAGUCAGGUGAAAACGGUUGUGGAACAAUUAUUGAACAACUUGCUCUCCUCUUCCGGUCAGUUACAGCAGGAUUUGAAGCACGAAAUGGCGAGCAAUUCGGAAAUGCUGAAACACGAAAUGACCCACAACACAGACAGUCUGAAGCAAGAGAUUAGCAGUAAUAGCAAUACAGGUGGUUCAUCUGGAGGUUCUAGCUCGGCAAGUUCUAAGAGUGGCUCUUCUUCGGGUGUUCCAGGCACGACUGACUCCGGCAGCCCGGCGGGUAACACCAGCGGUGAUAAUACUUCUAGCACAACUCCAGCCAGCACACCUAUCGACAUCGGGCCGAACCCAGUGAACAUCAGCGACGCGAAUUUCACCGCCGCAGAGAUCGCCCAACACGUGACCCACGAUAUGCCACAAAAAAACUGAGUAAGUGUAAGUCUGUGAUGCAGAAUAUGCAAAACAGUUACACUUGUCAUGCUGGACGUGCGUCAUUGCCGUAUUUCAUACGUUUUUUCACGUACUAGGUGCGCAUGACAGGUUUUCCCUGUAAUUCAAAACAAAUUUGUGAUGCUGCUCCUCCCACAGAGUUACACUUACACAGUUUUUUUCCUGGAUACACGAGGUCCAGCAAUUACUAGCGAAUUUACUCGCUCCUACUGGGGAACUCCAGCAGGAUUUGAAACAGGACAUGACGACGACCGCUGAGAAUUUAAAGUAUCAAAUGCAAAUAUGUCUGGGUCCGGAAGCUUGGAACUUGUAGUGCUGUCUUUGGAUUCCAAAAAAAUCUGUAUUGCAUGAGCAGCAACAGGAGUCCAGUUUGUGUUACGCGGAGAGGGAAUUGCUCAUGCGGGAUAGGCAUUAGGAAGCCCUUUACAAAUCUGUGAUGCUAGAUCAUGCAUUACAGGCGUCGCGAAUCAUGCAGAAUCUGCAUGACAAACCUGGCAAUCUUCCAGACCCAGACACUUUUGCAAUCCAUAUGAAAGACGAAUUAACCACCGAAUUGGAAAACCACAUCUCGACCGAAUUAGACAAGUUCGAGCCAGCUCCUCAGCCGACUUAUGUUCCUGUACAUACGCAACCGAAAAACAAAGCUGCUAAUGCGAAAAGUGCAGCAGCUUCUAAUACGACCACCCAGAGUGGUACUAACGGAACUGCUAGUACUUCGCCAUCUGCGUCCUCUUCUUCCCCUUCCGCUGGCGCAAAAACAAAUACUAACUCUGCAGUGGACGACGAGGGCAUUGCCGCAGUUGCGGACGCCGUGGAGAAGAAGCUCACAAGUUUGCUAGGCAGUUCUGGCCAACUCCAAACCGAUUUGAAAAAGCAGAUGGAAGCGGACAAGGAAGAGUUGAAGGGGCAUAUCAGCAGCGAGGUUGGAGGAAAUGCGGGUAGCGGUAGUAGCGCAGGACCAUCUUCCGCAGUAGGAGUGCCCGGUGGUAGUGCAACUGAUCCAUCCGCUUCGAACUCGUCUUCUUCCUCUUCCGGAGCAUAUUCAGGCAGUCCUGACGCCAGCCAGGCCAAAACCGUCGCCCAGCAAGUGCGGUUGGAGCUCGCGGACGCGUUUGCGACACUAGAAAACGCGGUGGAGGAAAAUCAGGAGGAUGUUGCGGAGAAAGUGGUAAAAGCGAUUAAGGACCAAGGGUGCUGCGACGGAGGUUCUGGGAAUGACACAAGCAAUUCAUCUAGUACAUUUGGCAACACCGUUUACAGCAACGCCGGGGUUUCCGCGACUGAAAUCGCGAAUAAGGUCAGGGUAUCAAAUGUAAAAAUAUCUGGGUCUGGAUGUCAUGCAGAUUUUACAUGACACAUGACGUCUGUAAUGCAUAACCUGGCAUCACAGAUUUUUAGCGGGCUUUCUGAUGCCUAUCCCGCAUGAGAAAUACCCUCCCCAUAUAGCACAAACUGGAGCCCUCUUGCUGGUCAUGCAAUACAGAUUUUUGUAUAAUGCAGAGACAGCAUCACAAGUUGCAAUCUUCCAGACCCAGACACUUUUACCUUUGAUACAGGGACGAGCUGCAGACCGUCAUCGCGUCAUUGGAUAAUUCGGUAAAGGAAAAUCAGGAGACCGUCGCGGUGAAACUGUUUAAGGCGUUGGACGCGAUCAACCAAACUUUCGGGAUCGGAAGUGGUAGUGCGGGUUCUGGCUUCAACGACGGUGGGAUGUAUCAAAUGUAAAAGUGACUGGGUCUGGAAGAAUCCAAGGCUUGUCAUGCUCUGCUAGCAUGACUCCAAAGGCUGUCACGCACAUUACCCAAAAGCCCCAUUUUUCUGUCAUGCAGAAACGCGAUUUGUCAUGCAGAAUACACAACACCGUAGGCACUCAGAAACUUGUCAUGCUGAGCUGCAAAUUGAGACGUCAUCAUGAUUGUCCUACCCGCAUCACAAGUUUCCAGACCCAGACAUAUUUCCAAUCCAUAGGAUGAAUAGCAGCACAACAGACGGGAGUGGCAGUGGCUACAUGAGCGGUGAGAUGACAAGCACCCCGACGCUCGCCACACAGGUGAAGAACGUUCUAGCCGAGCAGUUUGCGAUCCUCCAAACACAGGGAACCACCAACGCCGACGAGAUUAAACAGUUGCUAGAGAAUAUGAAAUGCAAAAAUGUCUGGGUCUGGAAGAGUGCACGUUUGUCAUGCUUGUCUGGCAUGACUCUCAAAUCUGUCAUACGCGUUACCCAAGAGCGCCACUUUUCUGUCAUGCAGAGACGCAGUCUGUCAUGCAGAAUAGGCAACACCUAGAAGCUCAGAAACUUGUCAUGCUGAGCCAGCACUUGUGGCCUCCAUACGAUACGCCACCCAGCAUCACAACUCUCCAGACCCAGACACUUUUGCAUUUCAUAGAGAAACUCAACAUUCAACUCGCCGGCUUGAACCUAACCGACUGGCAAAACGUGCACAAGAUCGACGACUCGGCUGCUUUGGGGAAUCAGUACGACCCGACAGUGUUGGAAAACAAAAUCAACACUUUGGGCGAGCAGUUGAGCGGGAAAAAUGUAGCUUCCGCAGUGGUGCAGGAAUUGAAGAACCAGUUGAGCGGCGGAGCGUCGGCUGCGAGUAGUGGGGAUGAUCCUGCUACAACUGCCUCAUCUACUCUCGGCUCCAACAGCGCAACGGAUUCAGAAUCUCAGUCCCCAGCAGACUCUGGCUUUUCUGACGAUACGUCGAACAGCUCCUCGGGGAUGGCCACCUCAGGGGCGGCGUCCUCUAGCCCAACAACCACCAACGCCGACGAGAUCGCGGCAAAAGUGAGUGAAAAGGUCACGGAGGGGCUGUUGAAGGUGCAGGAUGCGAUGAUACAAAACCAAGACAUGCUGUCCGAGCAGGAGGCGGCGCAGUUGGGGGAGAUUCUGAACAACACGGCUUAUGGGAAAAAGGCUGCGAGUUCGCUUUCAUCUGAGUCGGGCGGCGAACGAGUUUUAUCGGCGACCCCAGAGGAGCAGAAACAGGAGCACUACCAGCUGUUGCAGAGGAUCAAAGAGGAAGUCGAGGGGAUUGCUGCGAAAUUGUACAGUAGUGACAACUUCACGCUUUCAUCUGGCUCUUCUUCUGGCGUCACCGCAAUGAACCCGGCCACGGAAGAUAUCCCACGAAAAGCUGUUUCACUGGGAUGGUUUUGCAAGAUCUGCAUCACAAGUUUGCUACACAUCACACAGAACAUUUGUCAUGCGUGUUUCCCAGGGGAAAACACGCCUAAAAAUCCGUUGUGUUGCAUGUGUAGCAAGACAAACACUUUGUUGCUUCGUUCUCUGCAUCACAGGCUCACAGUGAAACAGUUUUUUCUUACGAUAGAAGAAGCGAGGGAUCAGCUGUUUGAAAAGAUGGUGGAAUAUCUAGAGACCAUCAAAGCAGCAUCUGAACAAACGAACAAAACGGUGACACUGGCGUUAGGGACAAAUCCAAUGGAGGAGGAGCCGACGUUGUUGUCCGAUGAAGAGAUUCUAGCGAAAAGAAAAGCCGACGAGAUCCGGAUGCAGGAAGUGAAAACGGACACCAUGGCGGUCUAUCCUCAGUAAAAACGUCCCCACACCAGAGUCAAGAUGGGGAUUUUGCAACACAAACCUAGGAGCUUUGGGAGUCACGCAUGACAAGUUGCACUCCGUAGUGUAGUGCAGGUUAGCAACUGCAGCCGCAUCACAGAUCCAUCUGCUUAUCCUGUUCACAGCAUCACAAAUUCCAAAACACGACUGGAAAUGUCUGCCAUAGGUAUGCGCAUCACCAAUGUCCUUGUCAUUGCAAAUCUGCAUGACAAUUCUGGGAUUGAGACGUUUUUCCUCAGGAUACGGUGGCGGAAAAAUUCACGGACAUCGACACGAUCAUCGAUACUUGGCAGAACACGCUGUCUGACGUAACAAGUAUCGCCGAGGCGGUGUCUGAGUUGAAGGACAAAGUCGGAAACGUCACUACCGCGAUCGACGACACGCAGAACACCAUUACAGCCGUUGGUACCGCAAGGAAAAUUGUUUCACUGUGAACUUGUCAUGCGUGGAAUCAAACACGAAAGUCAAGUGUUUGUGUUGCUGUGCCUGCAAGACAUUCGGUUUUUGAGCGUGUUUUCUCUAGGGAAGCGCGCAUGGCAAAUUUUGAUUUUCUGUGUCAUGUGUCGCAAACGAAACUCAAACUUGUGAAGCAGGUCUUGCAAAAUCAUCACAGUGAAGCAGUUUUUUCAUACGAUAGUUAGGGCCGAGAUGCAAUCGGUCCGGGAAGACGUGCAAGGGUCUUUGAGACGAAUGAAGAACGUCACCGAAGAUCUCUUCCAAGUUAGCAAGAUGGAGAAAGACCAAAUGGACGCUUUCGAGACGAUUUUCGAGGAUAUUGACAACGCGGUUUCUUUGAUGAGUAAAAAUCUCGGGAACGAAACGGAUGUCACUCGGGAGGAGAUGCACGGACAGUUAAGUGACAUGGAAUCGAGGUUGCAAAUUUUAGUGCAGUCGACCUUGGCGCCUUUAUCGCACACGAUCGAGACCUUCAUGCGGAGUCCGAGAAAAAGGACGGAGGAGAAAAAACACUUGGUGUAUGACCCGGUAUAGAUGGUUUUAUUUUCGAUCUACUUUGUCAUGCAUAUUGUGUUUAGUGUGAUCUGCUUUGUCAUGCUUGACCUUGAAGCAUAAAUAACACAAAACAGCAAACCAAAACGUCGAAAUGGGAGACCACCGAACUCGUUUCCGAGACCAAUGAACUGGCGCCCCAAGCCUCCACCGCGGAUAUUCAACGGGAGAUGGCGGAGUCGGUUGCGAAAUCGGAAUUGGCGAAAGCUAUCCUGUGUAAAAACGUCCCCACCCCAGAGUUGUCAUGCAGAUUUGCGAUUACAGGAACACUUGUAAUGCGCAGACCCAAGAGAGGCGUUUUCAGCCAUGUUUUGGUAUUUGUAAUGCUGAAAACAGGAUGAGCAGAUGGAUUUGUGGUGCGGUUUCCGUUGCUAACCUGCACUACACUACGGACUGCAACUUGUCAUGUGUGGCUCCCAAAACUUCUGGGUUUGUGUUGCUAAGUUCCCAACUUGACUCUGGUAUGGGGACGCUUUUACUCAGGAUAAAGGCGGUGGGGAAGUUAGCGAUGCUGCCGGACACGGAGUACGUGAAGGAGUUGGCGAAAAGUUUGACCGAUAAGGAUUCCAUCACCAAAGCGUUGGAGGACGUGAAGAAACUGCAGGACGACAGUGGUUCCAACAGCACAUUAUGCAUUGCAAGAGUAUGUAUCGUACUAGUAGUGAAAAUUGCAUGGCAUUUACAUUUUUUUUCAGGAAGAUUGCAAUAUAUCAAGAGCCUACUAGAUCUGUCAUGCAAUUUAUGCGACUACGAUACGUUUGCACUGCAUACGCAGAUGAUCUCUACAAAUCACCGGUUUUGAAGUCCCUUCUCGACGACAUCCGCUCCAAGUACACGGUCGCCGGAGCGUAUGAGAAAGUCGCGGAGGCGUACCAUACACAACUCGAGCAAACCCAAGCGGAGAAGGAUUUGAUGACGAAAGUGUACGAAAAAACGGCGUAUCAAAUGCAAAUUUGUCUGGGUCUGGAAACUUGUGAUGCUAGUUUGCGAAUGGUGGGCACAUUGCAAUACGCAGCUGCGCAUGACAAGUUUUUGAGAUCCUAUGUGUUUCACUUAUCACAUGGCAAACUCCAUUUUUGCAUCACCGGCAACUGGCUUUCUUCCUGCUGCUGCAUAACAGAUUUAAGGGCCAUGUGAAACAAGCAUGACAAACCUGCACUCUUCCAGACCCAGACAGAUAUUCAUCCCAUACGGCGGAGAACAUCGCGAAUAGCAUGGAGAAUUUGAAGUGGCAGCAAAAUUUGAAAAAAGACCCGCUGACAAGCGGCUUUGUCAACGACACCAAGGAGAAAGUGCAGAAGGAAGUGGAAAAUUUGCCGGAGGGGAAAGAGAUUUUAGAUGAACAGGCGUCGAAAGAUGAUGAUGACAAGAAGGAGGAAAGCGAUGAAGCUGAUAGUGCAGAAACGGCUGAACAAGAUGAAAGUGACACCAGCAGCUCAGCGAAUGAAACUACCGUGAGUACCAACGCGACCACGACAGUCGACGAGCCGAUUUUAGACACGCCGGCGUCAGCGGAUGACGAGUAUAAGGAUGAAAUCGUGCAAGAGGCUGGAACCGCUGCUACUGGUGUGUCUGAUGCGGUUUCGGGUACUGCAGGGAAAGCUGGUGAAGCUGCGGCUGGUGUUACUGGUGCUGUUUCAAGUGGUGCAGGAGAGGCUGGUACCGCUGCUACUGAUGCGGUAUCGAGUGGUGCGGAACAGGCUAGCGACGCGGUCAGUGGUCUCACCGAUGCUCUCACCGGGGGGGCGGAGCAGGUCACUGGUGUGGUUACUGGUGAUGAUUCAUCGAAAAACGACGAGGACGAGGAUUCCGACGAAGCAGAAGAAGAAUCUUCCGACGAGAGCGCCAACAACGAUCCUUCUGCUGAUUUGAACGGCGACGGGGAAGCGGAUGGGGUGAAUGGCAAUGAGUACCUGUAUCCCGGAGAAGACGAAUUGCUGUUAGACGAAGCAAGGAGGUCAUCUUCUGGGGAGAAGAAGAGACAGAAAUUGAAAAAAACGGAUUAUCUGGACGAAGUGAAACUGAAUAAAAUCCGUGCAGCAGUCCACUCCCGUCGUCCUGCGGCUCCCCGGAAGGAACAAGAACUAGACGUUGCAGCUGCGAAGAAAACUUUGCAGCAGUUGAAGGACAUCUUGGAUGAAACAAAACCUUCCGCACAACGCUUAGAAGAACAACCAGUCCCACAACCUGCGAGGAAGAUGGCGCUCAGGAAGAAGAAAACCACAAGCAAAGCUCCAAGCAAAAGGCCGAAAAACAUCUUCAACAUGGCGAAAUUUGUCAGGAGGAGGAAAAAAAGCUCCAAUGCGGGCACCGCGAUCACAAAAGCGUCUAGGAUCAUCGACGACCACGUUGCAGGGAAGAAGGCGGACGGGAAUUUCAUGCCAGUGUCGAAGAGAAAAAUCGCGGCAAGGGGAUUUUUGCACCCUAAAAGCAAGAUCGCGGACACGCUGCUGAGUAUGGGGAGCAACACCUUCCUUUAGGGUGGAGAGAAGUUGUGCAUGCGAUUAGGAAUAGGAUUCCGGUUCCAAUCCUAGGGAAAUGUCGCGCAUGCCAAACCUAAUGACGCGCGAUGAAUUUUUUUAGAUUUUCAGUCCGUUUUGAAUUUAUGGAAAUAGGCUUUUUUCUUUUUAGACACUGCUGCUUUUGAGCAGUUGCCAACUAUGAAAACAGAUUUUAGACACGCAAUCAAGGUCCUGCGCAAAGCAUGCAAACGUGCAUGCAGAGUGCGGCGGUCUUGAGAAAAACUUCCAGAGAAUAUAGUACAAACUAGAAUCAGAAAGCGAAAGACGAAAAGACAAUCUGUGUCAACAGGGUUCCAAGAAUCCGAUAGUGAUACAAUCCGAUAGUGAUACUAAUUUCCGAGCCCAAGUUAUUUGUUUUUCAUGAGAUGGAUGCACACUUUUUUUGUAGAAUGAAUCGCACAGCAGAAAACGAAUACAACGAGCAAGUACAACGAAAUGUAGUCGACCCGUUUCAAAUUUCAACAUGAACAAUCAAAAAUUCAUAAAUGCAACCUCUGUACAAGAAGGAGACGUGAGACCAAGCAGUAGAGUCAUACAGAAUUUCGGUUAGAAUAUUGUGGCUGAGAAGUGUAGCCGCAUGAGCAAUGCAGCGAAAG